CGCUCAGGCUCCGCCCCCUCGCUCUCUUCGCGGCCGCGCUUGGCCCUUCCUGGGCUCCGUAGCGGCCCCGCCUCUGUCUCUGUCUGUGCCCUCUCGGCCCCCAUACGCCGCGGAGCUCCCGUUGGUGGGUGCAGGAUGGGUCAAAGUCAAAGUGGUGGACAUGGUCCUGGGGGUGGCAAGAAGGAUGACAAGGAUAAGAAGAAGAAAUAUGAACCUCCAGUUCCAACUAGAGUGGGGAAAAAGAAGAAGAAAACAAAGGGACCAGAUGCAGCCAGCAAACUCCCACUGGUGACACCUCACACACAAUGCAGACUCAAAUUGCUGAAAUUAGAGAGAAUUAAAGAUUACCUACUUAUGGAGGAAGAAUUUAUCAGAAAUCAGGAACAGAUGAAACCUUUAGAAGAAAAGCAAGAGGAAGAGAGAUCAAAGGUCGAUGAUCUGAGAGGAACCCCAAUGUCUGUAGGUACCCUGGAGGAGAUUAUUGAUGAUAAUCACGCUAUAGUGUCUACAUCAGUGGGAUCUGAGCACUAUGUCAGUAUUUUGUCUUUUGUGGACAAAGAUCUUCUAGAACCAGGCUGCUCUGUUUUGCUCAAUCAUAAGGUUCAUGCUGUGAUAGGAGUCCUGAUGGAUGACACAGAUCCUUUAGUUACAGUGAUGAAAGUGGAGAAGGCCCCUCAGGAGACUUACGCUGACAUUGGUGGCCUUGACAACCAGAUUCAAGAAAUUAAGGAGUCUGUGGAGCUUCCUCUCACCCAUCCUGAGUAUUAUGAAGAGAUGGGUAUAAAGCCUCCCAAAGGAGUAAUUCUUUAUGGCCCACCUGGCACAGGUAAAACCUUACUAGCCAAAGCAGUGGCAAACCAGACCUCAGCAACCUUUCUGAGAGUUGUUGGCUCCGAGCUUAUACAGAAGUACCUAGGUGAUGGUCCAAAACUUGUCCGUGAAUUGUUCCGCGUAGCUGAGGAGCAUGCUCCAUCAAUCGUCUUUAUUGAUGAAAUAGAUGCCAUUGGUACAAAGAGAUAUGACUCAAAUUCUGGUGGUGAAAGAGAGAUCCAGCGUACGAUGCUGGAGUUGCUGAACCAAUUAGAUGGGUUUGAUUCCCGUGGGGAUGUGAAAGUUAUCAUGGCCACAAACAGAAUAGAAACAUUGGAUCCAGCAUUAAUCAGGCCAGGGCGUAUUGAUAGGAAAAUUGAGUUCCCCUUACCAGAUGAAAAGACCAAGAAGCGCAUCUUUCAGAUCCACACAAGCAGGAUGACUUUGGCAGAUGAUGUAACUUUAGAUGAGCUUAUUAUGGCUAAAGAUGAUCUGUCUGGCGCAGAUAUUAAGGCAAUUUGCACAGAAGCUGGUUUGAUGGCUUUGAGAGAACGCAGAAUGAAAGUAACUAAUGAAGACUUCAAAAAAUCAAAAGAGAAUGUUCUCUAUAAGAAACAAGAAGGCACCCCAGAGGGGCUUUAUCUUUAGAUUAACUAUGUCCACAGAGGGACUCUUCUCAUUUUCAAAAUACACGAAAUGGCAACAGAUGUUUCACAGGCCUCAUCAAUAGAGCAUAAUGUCUUAGCCUCUCCAAGCAUGAUGGAUGGACUGUGUUUAGUUGUAAGUCUAUAAAAUACUUAUUUCUAAAUAAAACAUUUGUUUCAGAAAGA